AUGGGUGACUACUCGAAAGCACUUGAAUUUUAUGAAAAAGCACUUAAAAUAAGAGAAAAAGCUCUGCCUUCGAAUCAUCCAGAUUUGGCUGUUUCCUACAACAACAUCGGUCUAGCAUAUAACUACAUGGGUGAUUACUCGAAAGCACUGGAAUUUCACGAAAAAGCAAACCAAAUCUACAAAAGAACUCUUCCGGUGAAUCAUCCUUGGUUAGCUGUUUCCUAUAACAAUAUCGGUCAAGUGUAUUACAACAUGGGUGAUUACUCGAAAGCACUUGUAUCUCACAAAAAGUCCCUUGAAAUAAGACAAACAUCUCUACCUGCAAAUCAUCCUGGUUUGGCUUAUCCAUACAACUGGUUCGGAAAGAUUUAUCGCAGUAUGAAAGAUUAUCCAAGAGCACUUGAGAAUUUUGAAAAGUGUCUCUCAAUACGUCAAAAAGCUUUACCUGAAAAUCAUCCAGAUAAAGCUACUACAUACAGUGACAUUGGUGAUGUUCAUCGAUUAAUGGGUGAUUAUGAAAAGGCAUGGUUAUUUCACAGAAAAGCAUUAAAUAUUCAAGAAAAUAUUCAAUGUAAUCCUCUCGAAUGUGCAACAACAUAUAUAAAUUUAGGUGAAACUUAUCGAGAAAUGAAAGAUUAUUCAACAGCAUUGACAUAUUUUCAAAAAGGAUUAGAAAUACAUCAGAAGAAAUUACCAAAAGAUCAUCCUGAUUUAGCUGUUGUAUAUCACAAUAUGGCAAAAUUAUAUUUAUCUACUCGACAAUAUAGUAUUGCAAUGAAAAGUAUUCAACAAACGAUUGAAAUUGCACAAGAAAAAUUACCUUCAACUCAUCCUCACCUUUCGGACUAUAAAGAAACAUUUGAAAACAUUCGAAAGAAAAUGUAA